UGAAGAGAGGCCACAAUCAAUCUGACACAGAGCAGGAGACACAAGAACCUUCAGGGACAGAUAAAACAACAGAGUUGCCAGAGGAGGACGGAAACCCGAAGCCCGCCGUUUCUGAACUGCAGAGUGAGAGUGCAUCAGGAGGGUGUGGACCUGAGAGAAACCUACAGGAAGAAGAAACAGUGAAGAUUGCUCUUCUCUGACUGGGAUAAUCACAGAUUUUCCUGCCCGUUGUGUUUGUGCCUGUCAGCAGGUGCAAUGCCUGCCACAUCACAACAGCAGGUGGGCAGCAGGGGGCGAUGCGCUGCUCUCCUGCUCCCUCUCCUCCUGCUAUCCGUGGCUCCCAGGCCUGGGAAUGCCACCAUCAACAUCCCAUCCAAAUACAAAAUAAGAGAUUUGAAAAGCCCCCCAGUGAUUACCGCUCAGCCGAAGUCUGUAACCACCUUUUCAGCAGAUGACAUCACACUCACCUGUGAGGCAACUGGGAAUCCCCCGCCCACGUUCCGCUGGGUGAAAGAUGGUGUGGAGUUUGACCCCUCUAAAGACCCUGAACUCUCCGUGUCCAGAGAUUCUGGGACCUUCUCGUUGACAGCCAAAGAUGGACCCAUUCACCAAUAUCAGGGCAGAUACAACUGCUCCGCGUCUAACGUUCUCGGCACAGCGGUGUCAAACGAGGCUCGCAUUGUCACGGAGAACACUCCCACUCUACAGAAGGAGAAGAAGGUGUCGAAGAAGGUGGAGGAUGGAGAGAGUGUGGUGCUUCCCUGUAAUCCUCCUAACAGCACUGUGGCUCCGGUCAUCCACUGGAUGGACAAGAAGCUGCGGCACAUUCAGCAAAACGAGCGUGUGAUUCAGGGUCGCGAUGGAAACUUGUACUUCUCUCAUGUGACUGUGGCAGACAGUCGAGAGGACUACACCUGCAACACUCAGUUCCCCAGCGCGCGCAUCAUCGUCCUCAAAGAGCCCAUCAAACUCACUGUUGUCCCCUCUAACUCAGUGGUGCGUAACAGAAGACCACAGAUGAUGCGACCCACUGGCUCCCGCAGCUCCUACCUGGUGCUCAGCGGCCAAAACCUGGACCUGGAGUGCAUUGUUCAGGGCCUCCCCUCUCCCAAUAUCCAGUGGAUCAGGAAAGAUGGAGUCCUGUCUGAGUCCCGCACAUCCAAAGAUAGUUAUGAUCGAGUUCUGCGCUUUAAGAAUAUCUCAGAGUCUGACAGCGGCGAGUACCAGUGUACCGCCACAAAUCUGCAAGGCAUAAUCACUCACACCUACAGCGUCACUGUAGAAGCUGCCCCAUAUUGGACUAAAGAACCAAAGAGCCAGCUAUAUGCCCCGGGAGAGACAGUCAAACUGGAAUGUAAGGCUGAUGGCAUUCCCAGCCCUGAGGUCACCUGGAGCAUCAAUGGCAAUCUUACUGAUAUUGACCCAGACCCCAGACGCAGUGUGAAACAUGGUGUUCUCACUCUGAAGAAUGUGGAACUCAGUGACACUGCAGUGUAUCAGUGCAAAGCAGUCAAUAAGCACAGCUCUAUACUCAUCAAUGCCUACGUCUAUGUUAUAGAACUGCCUCCCCAGAUUCUGACAGAAGAUGGUCUGAUGUACUCUGUGGCAGAGGGACAGAUGAUUGAGCUGGCUUGUGAGACCUUUGGCUCUCCUCGGCCUAAUGUCACAUGGGAGGGUGAGACCUGGGGCACUCUUGUAGCCAACCCAAGGAUGAGCCAGUUACUCGAUGGCUCUCUGCAGAUCAGUAACGCCUCCCUCAAUGACAGUGGCCAGUACACCUGCACUGUCAGCAACAGCAAAAUCACCAUCACCGCUGAGCUGGACGUACUCAAUAAGACAGUCAUUGUGAAACCUCCACUGGCUCUGCGAAUCCAGCGGAGGAAGCCCGCUACCCUCACCUGUGAGUACCAGGUGGACUCCAGGCAGGACGCCCCUCAAGUCCAGUGGAGGAAAAACCGACAGAAGCUCACAGAGUCCUCUGAUUCAGACAAGUACAUAAUAGAUGAAUCUACCCUCAUAAUACCUGAUGUCAAAGAAGAGGAUGAAGGGAUUUACACCUGUGAAGUCAUUACCACUCUGGAUAUAGCUGAAGCGAGUGGCUCCAUCACUAUCGUUGACCGACCAGACCCUCCGACCCAAAUACAGAUGACCGAACCUAAAGACCGCAGUGUCACUCUCAGCUGGACACCAGGAGAUGAUCAUAACAGCCCUGUGCUAGAAUAUUUGAUUGAGUUUGAGGAGACUGAAUAUGAAAGAAAAGAAUGGGAGGAGCUAAGCCGCGUGUCAGGCAACAAUCAGCGAACCACCCUUUCCCUGAAGCCCUUCCUUUCCUACCGUUUCCGAGUCAUCGCCAUCAAUGACAUCGGCAAGAGUGACCCGAGCAUGUACACGGACGUCUUUUCCACACCAGCAGCUCCUCCAGACAGUAACCCUGAAGGAGUGCGCAGUGAUUCCAUCGACCCAGGCACCCUUUCAAUCACAUGGAAGGAAAUGGACAGACGUAGCUUCAACGGCCCAGGUUUUGAAUAUAAAGUGAUGUGGAGGAAAGUUUUGGGCAGCGGACCAUCCUGGCACAUCAAAUCCAUCAAGUCUCCACCCUUAAUCGUCACAGAUGUGGGCAACUUCUCUGCCUUUGACAUUAAAGUGCAGGCUGUUAAUGAGAUGGGAAAAGGCCCGGAGCCCAAAUCCACCAUUGGAUACUCUGGAGAGGACUACCCGCUUGAGGCCCCUUUGAAUGUGGAAGUGGAUCUGAUCAACAGCACUGCCAUCAAAGUGGUGUGGGCGCCCAUAAACAGAGAAACUGUGAGAGGUCGUCUGCAGGGUUACAAGAUUUAUCUAAUGCACUACGUCCUGGAAAGCAGACACCUCAGACGGGAGCGUGUUAGGGAGGGGAAGCCAAGCAACAUCUCGUUUGAGAUGACAGACAGUAAUGAGGAGAAGAAGGUUCUGGGAGAUCUGCAGCCCUACUCCCAUUACGCACUGUCUGUGAGUGUCAUCAACAAUAAAGGAGAAGGUCCCCAGUCUGACCCCCUCACUUUCCACACUCCAGAAGGAGUACCUGGUCCUCCAUCAUCUUUACUGCUGGAUAGCCCAUCGGAGACGGAAAUGACACUGCAUUGGACUCCGCCCACCCAGCCGAAUGGUGUCCUGAAAGGAUACAUAUUACAGUAUCAACAAGUUGUUAAGGAAGACGGUCCCAUGCAAGUGGAAAAGAUCAGUGACCAAGCCGUGUCUCACUUCAGCUUAAAGCUGGAUCCUCACAGCCAUUACCGCUUCUACCUGCGAGGCUACACUUCUCAGGGAGAAGGACUGCCAAUCAUCAGGGAGGGAGCUACAACACUGGAUGGAGUUCCGCCCUCCAACAUUAGUUUAUCGACUGGAGAGACAUCAGUCAACCUGACCUGGGUAUCGAAAAAAAGACAGAGGAACGUGGGAUUCUUUAUUCAUUACCUGAAAAAGGAUGGCAAAGGCACAUGGAAGCACUCUGAAAGAGUAAACAGCUCUCAGUCCUUUUACACACUGCAUGGGCUCCAGUCCGGAUCCGAGUACCGCCUGAAGAUUGACUUCAAAAACAAAACUUUAUGGGAGGAUGAGAUCCAGACAGCAGGAGCAAAAGUCAUGGAGGUGCAUAAAGGGUUUGUGACUGAGAGCUGGUUCAUUGGACUCAUCAGCGCCCUCGUGCUGUUGCUGCUGGUACUGCUCAUUCUGUGUUUCAUAAAACGAAGCAAAGGUGGAAAAUACUCAGUCAAAGAAAAAGAAGAAGGCCAGAUAGAUUCUGAAGCUCGGCCAAUGAAUAAUGAGGGUUUUGGAGAAUACAGAUCACUGGAGAGUGACAACGAGGAGAAGCGGACGGCCAGCCAGCCGUCUCUGUGCGAGGAUAGUAAGCUAUGUACCGACGACACUCUAGACGACUAUGCCAACAGCAACAGCGUGCAGACCGAGGUCAUCAUGGACGAGUUGCUGGCCAGUCAGAGCAGUGGAGUCCGAGAUGUUCCUGACCCUGGGACUCAGGAAAGUUCCCCUCUAAAUCCUGCCACAGCCAUCUCCCACCACGGCCUGCCCAACUCCGCCGCCCUCCUUGACUAGCCGGGGCAACACCGAGACCAAUCGUGGAUUCACACAUGUGCCCACCUGUUGCAACCGCUCAUGACUGACCAAAUAAUCCAAAACCCACAAUAAUGAGACCUACACACACAACAGAUGCCAAGCCGCCCUCCUUGACUAGCCGGGGCAACACCGAGACCAAUCGUGGAUUCACACAUGUGCCCACCUGUUGCAGCCGCUCAUGACUGACCAAAUAAUAACCCACAAUAAUGAGACCUACACACACAACAGAUGCCAAGAAAACAUCCAGAUGCACUGCUGGACGUAAUUGGACCAACACAACACUUUUAACACAGCCAGAGGAAAACAUUCGACUGACAUAUAACAAAUAGACUGCCAUGCUCGUUGUUUACAGAUAUUAUCGCUCAUUUUACGAUAUAAAAUAGGCUAUAGCCGUUUACAGUUGUACAAACGUAACAAGAAGAGACUAAUCCAGUGACAAAUAAAGUAGACGCCGAGCUCCCAUCCCAAAUUGGAGUCGGAUUCACCUGUUGGUCAAUAAAAAGCAUUGCGGAAGGAGGGUGUGAGGGAGAAGAGAGAAGCUGAGGGCCUUAAAAUCAUGACUAAGUGCGUUGUGCAAGCAUAUAGACAGCGUGAGCUGGUUAUACUUGUUGCAAAAUGUAAUCAACUUAUUGUGUUUUGUGCGUCUCUACCAUUUGUUGCUUUUUUUUUAUUCUUUGAAGACUUGCCUGAACCAUUUUUAUAAUUAAUUUUGUAUUAUUAAUUUAUUCUUUUUUUUUUUUUACACAAUAAUCAGUUUGUGUCGUGUUUUAAAGGUGCUGUGAGUGAUGUUAGCCAUUGUGGAACUUCUACGUUUUAGCCACUGACUUUAAAAAGAUUAGCACGGUUCGCAUUGCCCUGCUGGUACAUAUUACAAACAUCUUUCUCUGGCAAAAUUCGCAGUGUGCUCUGAUGGAGUAUUUUUUUUCAGCGAACAACUUGUUAAAUUUGGUUAUAUAUUAUAGUAGAUGUUUGAACAGUGCCUAGUUCUUUUCAGAAAUGAAAAUGCAUCUAAUUUCUCAAUGCAUCUUAUUGACAUUGUGAAAUAUGUUUCAUUUUUAACUCAAACUUAGCAAUGUCAUAACUCUUUCUUCCAGUGAAUUUCUUAGAAUCUACUACAAUGUCACAUUCAGAUCUGCCACCAUCUAAUCAACAACCGUUCCAUAAAAUUUGCUUACAGUACCUUUAAGUCAUCUGUAUGUUGAUAUAUUGUAAUAUUGUAGUGUAUACAUAUCAAUAGAAGAUACAUAACGACAAUGACAUCCCCCUCAGUUACGAUUACAGAUUUCCGUAGUGUAAAUACACGAGAUGCAAAGGCUUUACGACGCUAGAUCGUUUAUAGCAAGCUGUACAUACAAGCAUCUAUCAAUUUAGCCAAAUACAGUAUUAUAAUCUCUUUCAUCUCCAUCGGUUCCUGUGCCUGCCUUCGACAACAUACUCACCACCAUCUCUCAUGUUUAUUCCUCCCUCUGCAUGUGUCUGUGUUCUUAAUUCUUGUUUUCUGCGUUGUAUUAAACUGUACUGAUUCUCUCUUGCAGUCCUGUUGGUGUAAAGCCAUAAGAAUACACACGUAAGGUGCGUAGAUUUGAGGUCGUAUUGAGUUAGAUAGGGCUGUGAGAGAGUACGUCACACACAGUUUAGGUUUGGUUACUUAAAUGCAAUCAUGUAUUGGCUUGUCUUAUUACACAGAAUGUAUGCUUUGUUUGGGUGGGAAUUGUUCCAUACCAGUAUACCAAAUAGCAUUCGUUCCCUUUUUCGCUUUUUGGUUCCUUUGAUUUGACGUUUGAUAAACAAAUAUAGCGGAAUAUAGCACUGAGAGAAUCUAUGGCACAUCUGGUAUUUCUCAAGAGAGGGGCACAGGGGGAAAAAAAUCUCUUAAUUUCCAGAUGAAUGUAAAUAUAGCCCAAAAGAUUGUUUGUUAUGACGUUGAUAACUGUCUUGUUGAUUAUGUUUUAGGUUUUUAAAUUUGUUUGAGUUUUGUAACUGUUUUUUUUUUAACUUUAGAGUAACUUGUUAGUUGUGAUUUGAGUGUGGUAGACAAGUAGUGCAUAGUUUUAAAUAACUAAGAAAAAAGUCCUUUGAUAAAUGUUGCAGGUUCUGAAAAAAAAAAAGCUGACUGGAUAAAAGAGACAGAAAAAAGCUAAUUGCGCUUAUAGUUUCCCGAGUGCUAAAGAAUGGCAGUAUUGUGCGUAUCUGAUUAGAAUCUAUUGCUGCAGAGGCAGCGUGAAAGGAAGGACGCAGUCAUCUUAUUUGCACCACUGCACACACACUCACACUCACACACACACACACACACACACACACACACACAUGCUUCCAGGGAGCAAUAGAAACACGCUGACUCAGAUCUUUGAGACCACUGUCUUGCGGCGGGCUUUUUGCAGUGAUUGUCCGAUCUGUGUUAGCCUCCCUCAAAAAAGCUGUACAGACACACUCAGGACAGAAGUCUCUUAGAGAUCUAUUUUCUUACAGGAGGGGAAGUGAUGCAAAUUCUAUUCAACUCAAUAUUCAACUGAACUGCUGCUAGACGACUUGUGUAUUUUGUCAGUGUCUUGACUGUGUAUUGAGCUCGGAGGUGAAUCGACUCUUGGAUAUCCACUAUACUGCCCUCUGCUACUGCAACUAAAACUGGGAGGGAGGGCACCGUUUAAAGCCUGACUAGCGGACGAACGUUUCUGUUGUUACUUGUCAAAUGUACGCAUUCAAGCUCAUAAUGCAUCUUAAACUGUAGGCUUAAUGCAUAAAUAAGCUUGACAUAAUAGUCUCUUAUUCCUCUUGUAUGUUCUGUUUGUUACUGCAUAUGAUGUGAAAAUAAAUGAAGGACGAGAUGAAUGAGGUUGUGGGACUGUAUUGGUCACAUUCCCCUGUGGUGUUGUGGACUGAAGGGGAAGUGAGGGUGGGGUACGAUAAAUAGAUAUGAACUGGAUUUUGUUAUUGUAUCUGCAGCACCGAUAAGCCAGUGUAAGUAAAUACUUCUUAAUAUCGAUGGGAUCAUCUACAUCUGUAACAUUCUGUA